GUUAUUGUUAUGAAGUGGAAGUGAAAAGAGAAAGUGAAGAGAUUGAAAAGAGAGAGAAAGAGAAAUGAGUCUUACAUCGGCAGCGUACGUUGCUCGGCGCGCGGCGCAGAAGGAGAAGGUUCGGAUUUUGUAUCGCCGCGCCCUUAAAGACACUCUCAACUGGGCCGUACAUCGCCACCUAUUCUACGACGACGCUGCAAACCUCCGCGAUCGGUUCGAGCAAAACAAGCACGUUGAAGAUCCUGAUACCAUUGAUAGGUUAAUAGUGGAUGCUGAAGCUAGCUACAAUAAGUGGCGCCAUCCUGAUCCCUAUAUUGUUCCAUGGGCACCUGGUGGUUCCAAGUUUACUCGCAACCCACCUCCACCUGAAGGGAUUGAGAUAAUUUAUGAUUAUGGGCGUGAAGACAACAACUGAAGCUUUUUUUUUUAAUUUCUUUCACCCCUUGCAAUAAAUAAAGAUUUGCAAUCAAAUUGUUCUGUAUUACUAGAUUGUGGAUUAAAUCACCUUUUAUUUGUAUGUGAUAUAAUUUGAAUAGUUGAUACAGACUGAGUUUGUGCCGAUGCUGUUGAAGAUAUUUAAUUGCUUCUGAACAUUGAAUGUGCUAAGCCUCCGAAGUUGGUUUUUUUA